AUGGGUGAUGGGGGAGAGGCUUUGGUAGCGUGCGGGGACAAAAGCAUGGCAACAGGGAUCAGCCUAUGGGAUUUGGACACGGGGGAUCAUCUACUUCACAUACCCACCUCUGCUUCACCUUCUCAUGGUUUGUUGUGCUUGAAAAACCAGUUCUUAGUUGCUUCACAGAUUCACAGACAUGGCUCUGUUGGUGUUGGGGCCAUCUUCAUCUGGCCCUUGAACAAGCCUCAGGCACCUCUUAGGAGCUACACAAUGGAGGCCAUUGGGCCAAUUUCUUGUACAAGGGAUGGUGUAUAUCUUGCAGGAGGAGCUCUAUCAGGAAAUGCUUAUUUUUGGGAGGUUGCUAAUGGAAAAUUGAUCAAAACUUGGCGAGCCCAUCAUAAGUCUUUGAAUUGCAUGCUGUUUUCAGAUGAUGGUUCUCUUCUAAUUUCUGGUUCAGAUGAUGGUGUAAUCUGUGUUUGGUCUUUGGUCAGUUUGCUAGAUGUGGAAGAUGAAUCUGGAAGCUCACCUUCUUUAUUAUAUUGCUUAUCAGAGCACAAUGCAUCUAUAACUUGUCUCUUAACUACAUCAGGCAGCUCAAAUUCCAUGUUAAUAUCAAGCUCCAUGGAUGGGACAUGCAGGGUCUCAGAUUUAGUCUUGGGAAGAGUAAUACAAACUAAUAUUUAUCCAGUUGCAAUAAUGGCAAUUGUUCUUCAUCCAUCAGAGAAGCUCUUAUUCUGUGGAAGCCAAGAUGGAAGAAUUUUCAUGAACAAAUUUGAUAUUGGGCUCGUCAAUAAUCCUCUCUACGUUGCAGAAGAGGAUAAAGUUGUGCUAAAAGGACACAAAGGAUCAAUAACUGCAUUGACAUUCAGUCAAUCAGGUAUGAUAUCUGCAUCUGAAGACGGCACCAUCUUCAUCUGGGAUGUCAUUAGUGGCACAAUUAUCAGAAGAUUCAACCAUCAGAAAGGCCCUGUAACUAAUUUGGCAGUGAUUCCUCAAGCCUCACUGUUUUCUGUGUCAAGCCAUCGAAAAGCCUUUAAUGCGUUCCGUGUUUCUUUGCUUGACAAGUACCCUCAACAAUCCAAUUCAUUCAACGAAAGGAUCACUCUUCUUUCCUCAGGCUGCUCACCUAGAGAAAACCAAAAUUCUAUUCCAUUCCAAAGCACUGAUAAUUCAUACCAACAAAUACAUGACUUGGAGAAAUCAUGGACACCGGCAGCAAUGCAAAUGAAAGUGGAAACAAGUGUAGAGAAACGAAUGUGGGCAACAAAAAUGGCAAAGCAUGUGAUGGAGAUGAAUAAGCAUUUGCAAUCACGUUUGCUAGAUUUGAUGCAGAGCCGAUUAUUAUGGUCGACUGAAAUUGACUCAUCAACACCCAAAAAGAGGAAGAAGCUCAUGGCUGUUGAGAGUGCCCCACUUCAGGAAUAGCAAUAGUCAUGUUCAUUUUAUUUGUGUUUCAGAAAUCAGAAGUGGUAUUUUCUUGCAGCAUAAGUUGGAAUAUAUAUAUAUAUAUAUAUAUUUUUUAAAAAAUUUCUUCCUUUUAUAUUGACAGAUUUAUAGUAGUUAAACAAGAUUG